CUGGAGGCCUUUAAGGUUGACGGCAACUCUAGAGGCAGAUCCAUGCUGCCAGGUCCAAAACAAAAGAGCAUCCAAGAUCUGUGAACAUAACUUGAUUUCCUGUUGGACAAAGGGGAGGGGAGUGUUCCUAGAACCAACAAAAACAGUUACAGAUAUGGGCUGCCAUUUUUCUGUCUGGGGAGUUUUGGCCUUCCUGAGUUUGGCUCUCAUUGUUUCAUUGACACUGAACAUUUUACACUAUUUGAAAAAGAAAAGAGCUAAAAUGCAUAAAGACUAUGAAGAGAACAAUCCAAGCUAUGAUGACUAUCCCACAGAAGAUUACCCAGUUUAUGGCAAUCUCAAUCAAGAUAUUUUAGUUACAGAAGAAUGUUGUUAUGAGCAGAUGAAGUCCCAACCUCAAAGACCAGUUAACCAGCCACAGGUGGAGUCUGCCAGUCAAAUGUGUUAUGCCUCACUUGAUCACAGUGUCAAGGGAAAACGCAGAAAACCAAGGAGAAAGAAAGAUCCUUCAAUAGAGGAAGAUGAAGAAGAAAGAUCAUCUAACCCCACCAUGAUGGCUUCCAAAGCGAGCAUUUACCUCAAUAGUGAGCAGCUGGCUGCUGAAAACACAGCAAAAGUAGAAGCCAUUCAUGAUGAUCCCAUCAGGUUAAUGGGCUUGAUCCAUAAGCAAAAGGAGAGAAUAUCUGAAGUGGCUUCCUGAACCAAAAAUGUAAUCAUAAAGUGAGAUGUGCUUUUUCAUUCUGGAGGAACAGUGAAUGACUAGAGAUUGUCAAACUGCCAAACUGUCGUACCAAACAAUGAUUUAAAAUGGGUAAGUGUUCCAAAGUGUCUUCCAAGCAUAUUUAAGGACUAAGCAAGAAAUAAGUAUAGGUCCAGACUGCCACUUUGAAGGAUCUGCCCUUCUGAGGAUAAUUUGAAAGAGUUAUGGAAUCUGGUAUUUCAGCAUUCAUGUGGUAUUGAUCCCAGUAAAAAUUAAUCCUAUGUUUUAAACAACCAUCGGCUUCCAAACAGUCCCAAAAGACCCACUAAUGGUCUGUAGAGCUUUAGCAGAGUACAACUAUUCUAUAUAGGUUUUAUCAAUACUUCUGAAAGGAAAUUUUUUUCAUGCUUGCACACUUAGUGAUUUAGUUGUUUCACCAGUUAAAAACUGAUCUCCUGUUCCACAUCGUGUACUUUCCUGCUGUGACUGGUUUAUGGUAAUAAUGCAAUCUAUCUAAAGAUAAUUGGAGAAUAAUUUAACAGUUUGUUUAAAGUAGUAAUUGUACAUUUCAUGAGAUUUAACAGUAUCUUUAUAUAUCUUCAGUUUCCCUUAGCAAUACCACAAUUAGUCUCAAAUCUCAACUCCUCUACUAAAUGCAAUAUUGUAUCAAACUGUAUUCAAGAGUCCACAAAGAUAUUAUCAAAUUAUCUGUAAAAAUAAAUAUUCUAGUGAGGAUUUCUUCCUUCUAAUACUCUAUGUUAUGUUUACAUUCCUAUUGGGUUUUACAUUGCUAUUCUUACUAUUUUACGAAAGCAGAAAGAGCUUUUCAUUUCCCCAAACAAUUCACUUACUGUGUGCACAUUCAUCUUAAGAGUUUAAACUCAUUAAAUGGUAGUUUUAUAGAGUGGGGAUCUCUUUUUAUAUUCCAGGAGUCAUUAAGUAGUUUUAGCAGAAAACAGCGAGGCAGGUUGACGUAAUAUGCCUACCUCUAGGUGUCAGACACUUCUGUCUUCUCAAAAAUAAAGGAUACUAGUGCCUUUAACAUCCACACAGAGCACCAUGUCAAGGAGCUUCCAACUCUCAAGCACAUACAGAACUCUGCAAGUGUUUCAGGUCCUGAAAACAAACAAAUAAAACAAACAAAAGGCCCAUAGAAGCCCAACACCUCUUCUAAAAGCGGAAGUAGAUGGACACAUCCAGCAAUGAGACACACUUAUGAAGAAUAAAAUCAGUAUAAAACAAAAUCAAGAAAUAAGUUCUUUGACAGCCUGGUUUUGUUCAUAGUUAAGGGUCUUACAUAACAAGCUCUAACUUCUGUGCAAAACCAAAAGGAAGGGGCCAAGCCCUGCAGCCAAAGCUGCCCCAGUGUCAUUGCCAAUCUUGUGCUAGCAUUUCCUUUUGUGUACUGAAAUCAACACAGUAUGUUUCGCUGUUACAUCCCAGAAAAAAGGCAGACUUGGAAUGAAAGUAACUGUGUUAUCACAGUCUUAGCCCAGCUACCACUGGAUAGGCAGAAACAAGUAGUGUUGAAGAAUCUACAAAAACCACUUUAAUGAAGAAGCAGAUUAAACGAUGGCCCUAAGGUCCUGUGGGGGAAAGGAAGAAGACAAAUCCAAAGCCAAAUAUCUAAAGUUAAAUAUCAGUGCAUGAAGCACUCACUUAAUUUGAUUAGAUUGGAAGGAGUUAUAUUUUGUUCCAUAGUAGGAACUAAAUAAGUAAUAAUACAUAUCUCAACAUAUGCUUGCUUAGACUCACAUCAAAAUAGUUUGAAUAACAAUAUGCAAAAUAUUCACAUAAAGAGUUUUAACGCAUCAGUGAGAUGCAACUCUUGAUUAUGUCUUAAAUUCACAAGUUAAAGAACUUACACGAAUUAACUAAACUCAACCUGCCAUUUCAAUCUGAUCAUCAGUUUAACAGAAGCGAAGUACACACUUCUCUCAUUGAGUGUAAAUGUAGCAGUAAGUCCACCUCAUGGGAUUUAGGUAAAUCUAGUUUCCUCUCAGUCUCAAGUCUUUAGUCCAGCUAUGCAUUUACGCUAAUUUUCAUCAGCUGCUUUCCCUUGCAAUGUACCUUGUUAAUAGAGCAGGGCAUUCUUGUAAAUAUUCUCCUUCAAUAUAUCCUUCCUCUCCACAUAUAAUCACUGCUUCCAUUAAAUGACUGACUGUUGCUUACAGACACUCUACUUCAGGAUAAUCUUUAGCGGCUUAUCAACUGUUUCCAAGGCACUUUUAAUGUUGUCACAUUCAGAUUUAGCUUUAUUUCUCCAGCUCUUUAACCUUCAUCUGCUUAAGUAAGCAACUGAAUGACCUAAUUUUUUUAAUGACUUCUGGGAUACUUUUUCAAAUGACUACUGAAUUCUUACAUGAAAGAACAUGUUCAAUAUUGCUCCAUCUUCAA